AGCGAAUCGGCCCAGAGGAAGCCCGUUCCAGCGGAGGCUCCCUCGCUCGACGCCGCCGCCAGCUGCCGGCAGCCAUGGCGCCGAAGGCCGUCGUCAAGACGCAGGUCAAGAAGGCCAAGACCGUCUCCAAGAUCGUGCCCGCGCUUCCUCAAGACAAGGCGAAGGACCCUAAGACGACCGCCGCGAAGAAGGACAAAGACGCGGCGGCGAAGGCAAAGGCGAAAGCCGCGGAGAAGUUGCGCCUCGAGAGGGAGAAGGAGAAAGAGCAGAAGCAGAAAAGACUUGAGAAGAAGAAGGCCGAGGAGGCGGCGUUCCACGCCAAGGAGGCGAAGAGGCAAGAGCGCGAGGAGGCCAAGCAGAGGGCCAUCGAGGAGAGGGAGGCCGAGAAGGCCGUCGCGGCGGUGGCGCGCUUCGAGGCCCAGGAGGCCAAGCGGAAGGCCAAGGCGGAGGCCGCCGAGGCCUCGAGGCUCCGCCGGCUGGAGGUGGAGGAGGCCAACCGCAAGGCGUGCGAGAGGUGGCAGGCGGACCAGGCAGGGGUGGUGGUGGAUGCAGAGGAGGACGAGGAAGACGAGAAGGCAGGGGACACCGGCGCGGCCGCUUCGAGCCCCGCCCCGCAGCAGCAGGCGGAGGCCCAGGCGGAAGCCGCGCAGGAGGAGGAGGAGGAGGAGGAGGAGGAAGAAGCGGAGGAGGAAGCGGAGGCGGAGGCCGAGGGCGGCGAGGGGGAGGGCGCCGGGGCAGCCGCCGGCUGCGCGCUGGGGGAGGACACGGCGGCGGAGAGACGGGCGCAGCUGCAGGAGGAGGCCGACCAGGCCGCGCAGCAGGAGCUGCAGACUCUGUGGCGGGCCGCCACGGACAAGGCCGAGAAGGAGGAGCAGGCGAGGCGUGCGGCGGAGGAGGAGGCUGCGGCGAGCGCUGCGGAGGCCAAGGCGAGGGAGGAGGCCGAGGCGAAGGCGAGGGUCGAGGCCGAAGCGUUGGCACUGGCGGCGGCAGCGGCGAGGGCCCGGGAGGAGGCCGAGGCGAGGGCGCUGGCAGAGGCAGAGGCAAGGGCGCAGGAGGAGGCGAAGAUGAAGGCUGAGGCCGAGGCGAAGGCCCAGGAGGAGGCCGAGGCGAGAGCAAAGGAAGAGGCCGAGGCGAGAGCUCAACAGGAGGCCGAGGCGAAAGCGCUGGCAGAGGCCGAGGCGAAGGCGAAAGAGGAGGCUGAAGCCAGGGCGCUGGCGGAGGCCGAGGCGAAGGCGAAAGAGGAGGCUGAAGCCAAGGCGCUGGCAGAGGCCGAGGCGGCGAAGGCGAAAGAGGAGGCUGAAGCCAGGGCGCUGGCAGAGGCCGAGGCGAAGGCGAAAGAGGAGGCUGAAGCCAGGGCGAUUGCAGAGGCCGAGGUGAAGAAGGAGGCCGCGUCGAUCGCCAAAGAUGAAGGCGAGGACGAGGCGAGGGGCGACGCCGAGGAAGCCGAGAAGGCCGAAGCCAAGGAUACGCCGAAUCGGGAGGAGAAGGAGGAGGCCGAGGAGGCCGAGGAGCCCGAGGAGGCCGAGGAGGCCGAGGAGGCCGAGGAGGCCGAGGCCAAGGCAACAGCGCCGACUCGGGACAAGAAGGUGGAGGCCGAGGAGGCCGAGGAGGCCGAGGAGGCCGAGGCAGAGGUGCCAACUCAGAAGGAGGAGGAGGAGCCCGACCAGACCGACGAGGCCGAGGCCGAGGUAGAGCCACUGGUGAAAGACCAACAGGAGAAGGACGAGCCCGAGUCCGAGGAGGAGGAGGAGGAGGAGGAGACCCAGGAGGCGACGGGCGAGGAGCAUGCCAAGGCCCAGGGGGAGGAACAGCACGCCGAGGCCAGGACGGAGACCGAGGCCGAGGAGACGAAAGAUGGCAAGGAGGAGGCCCAGGCCAACAACUCCGAGACGGCCGACGAGGACGACGCAGAGGUUGAAGGCCCGCCGCACAAGAAGGCCAGGACGGCGAGCACGAGCACGGACGGGGAGGCGGAGGAGCGCGGAGACGGCGAGGGCGAUGCCGCGCCCGAGCCGCCGCACAAGAGGGCCAGGACGGAGAGCUCGGACGAGGAGGCCGAGGGCGACGACGGCGAGGAGCACGGUCGCGCCGCCGCGCAGACGAUCCUGGUCGAGCAGGCCACCGACGGCGCAAUCGCGAAGUCUUCGCCGGAGGAGGACGCGGAGGCGCUCAGGAGGCAGAUCGGCCUCGCGGCGUGAGGAGGACGACCAGGGACUGCACGGCACGCUGGCCGCCCACCGCAGGCGGCGCGGCACGGGCUGCGGCGCGGCCCCACAGACGGGGGACCGCAGGCCAAGGGGAAGGGCGAGGCCGCAGCUCGCGAGGCGCAGCUGCGAGGCAGCUGUCAGGGCCGACUAAUUCGAUGAGCCGGUGCUCGUUUUCACCUGCACGCUCCCUCCCCUCCCCUUCGGGUGUUGCUAGAAUCCAUCCCUCCCCCCAGCGGCUGCGCCCCUCGAGCCCGGCAAACGCGCAGGGGGGGCGCGGCCGCCUGUAGCCCAGGGGAGCCCCCUCGCGGCCGGUGGGUGCCGGCCCGUGGGCAGGCUCGUCUCCAUCCGGCAGCCCUCCAGCGGGGCCGCGCUCCGACGCAACACUGCCAGAGAGCCCGGCCGCGGCGGCCACACGGAGCAGCUGCGCCGGCCGGGGGCCCAGACGCGAGUCAUUCCUCACGCGUGCAAGACGCGUGGGGUCCGAUGCGACGCCUGCCGUACGGUGCUCUUCGCGGAAGGGCGCGGCAGAACCGCCGCGUUCCCGCGGCGGCGACCAGGCUGAGCGAGCAGGGCUCAGCACCAGGAGGCGGCCUAGACUGUAGACCGUGGGGUACUCGAUGCUGGCACCAGCGGGAAAGAGGCUGAA